AUGAAAUCUCCAUUGCAUCACCCCGGAGAUGUCUCCCUCCGUAGGCAGCUGGAGGAAUCGGCCAUCUUCGCCCUUAAAGUCGCCAGAUCUCCUCAGCUCUACCUUGACAGUUCUCGAACAUAUUUCUUUUCUAUCACUUUCAUCUCUCUCAUACUGUCAAAAUGCUUCCAUCUUUGCGUCCAUCUCACGUCGCUCGCGGUGCCGUCCCUCAUUCCCUGGGGCCCCACCUUCUUCCUGGUGGACAUUCUGCUUAUUUUGGUCGCGUGCUACCUGACCCGUUCGUUUGAAUCGCGGGUCGGUCAGAACGUAGCCGCCGUUGUAACUCUUUUAUUCAGUCUAUAUAUCUCGUCGAUGACCUCCGCCAAUAUCUCCUUUUACGUACAUACAGGCGCGGAGAUUCCCUGGGGGAAAUCGGAAAGUUCUCAUGAGGACAAUCCCAAUCUCGCUACCUGGACUGUUCUGUCUAUGUUGACUGUCGCUCUUCUCGUUGACACGUUGAUUAUGAUUGGCGCGUACUUUGCUACGCCGUGUCUAUUCCAAUCCACCGAAACUUUCCUGGGGAUUUGGGGUUCGCUUUUGCUCUUCCCUUUCCGCCGAUGGCUUCCACGAAAAGUCGCGUCAGAUCCAGAGACCUAUCAGCAGAUUGAAAUUGAGGACUAUGACGAGAAUCACAACGACACCGACUCCGUAUCGCAAUUGGAUACACCCCAAGCUCCACCCGAGCAGAAGAAUAGGCGGUCGUUGCUGAAGCGCGUUAUCGUCAUAUCAUUCGGCCUAAUCAUAGUUUUCCUCAGAUGCAUUCGUCCACACGGUGCGGAUCUCAGUUAUCUCUCUAGCUCCCCGUCUCUCGCGCCGUUCGGCAGCCACGAAUAUUCGCCCACUCAUGAACGUCCCACGCCGGCGAGUGGAAGUGCCUCUCCUGACAGUACCCCGGAAAGUGCUCCUCCAGCAAGCACCCCGGAAAGUACUCCAGCAAGUCCCCCAAAAAGCACUCCAGAAAGUGCUCCAAAAACCACCCCAGAAACCGCCCCAGAAAGUGCCGCUGGAAAUGCCACUAAUGGAAAUGCCACCUUUUUACCGACUGAUUUCAGCUGGCUGGAAGGCCACACAGCUUUGGACUCCUUUCCCACAUUUGACUGGCUACCUUCGUACAAUUCGUCAGAGGGCUUCCCGGAUUGGUCUCCCUUCCGUAUCAAUAAGCACGACAAGUCUGACUAUGUGUAUGAACACUACAACCCGAUGAAGGAUCCUCUGCACAUGCCAAACCUCCAGAACGAUAUCUUGGAGCCUAUACGUGAAGCUCUCCACAACGGAAGUGUGAAGAUUAAGCAUGUCAUUCUUAUUAAGCUAGAGAGCACUCGACAGGACGUCUGGCCCUUCCGUUCAAACUCUUACAUCAUGAAGCACAUCAAUGACUCUUACCCGGGCGGCAUCCCCGAGGAGGUUCAGGACAGGCUCUCUAAGCUCACCCCUACCGCCGAGCGUUUAACCGGAUUUGAGACCGGUUUCCGUAAGGACGGGGAUGAUCAUCCGAAGCCCUAUGGAGGCAUCAGUGCGCGCAACGCUUACACGUCCGGGACCUACACCCUGAAGAGUAUUACGGGCACUGUGUGUGGAGUGAAUCCUAUGGCUGUCGAGGCCAACCUUGAAUACCUGCACGAUAUUUAUCAGCCUUGCUUGCCGCACAUACUCGAUGCAUUAAACCACCAGCCAAACAUCAGCAGUCAGGCAGACGGCACCAGUCAGACAGAUGACUGGACUUCCUGGCCGUGGCACACUAUGUGGAUGCAGUCACACUCCGACGACUGGGAUAAACAUUACAUGCUUCAUCCUACUCUUGGAUACAAAGAUAUCAUGGCAAAGAGAACAAUCGAUGCAGAUGGUAAAAAAUAUAUCCCAGAAGAGACAGAAGAGGAAGAGGAACAUGGCCAUGAGGAUAAGGUACUGAAAAAAUAUCUCCGGGAUGUCAUUGAUGAUGCCAAGAAGAACAACACUCGCCUCUUCCUUAGCCAUCUAACACAUAAUACACACACUCCGUAUUAUAUCCCUGGUGAUUAUAACGAGAUGAUGGGGGAUUUGUCGACUGAACGGAACGAGAGGUUGAAUCGAUACCUAAAUACCAUAGCCUACCAGGAUGAGUGGAUAGCCGAUAUCUUAAAGCUUCUCGAUGAUGCCGGCAUUGCCGACGAGACCCUUCUUGUGAUGACUGGUGACCACGGUCUAUCCCUUCCAAACGACGGUGGUAUAACCGCCUGGCAUUCCCCCCACGUCGGCAAUUUCCACGUGCCGCUAUUCUUCUCGCACCCUAAGCUUCCCCAGAUCGAAGUCAAUAAUGCUGUCCUUUCCACCCAAAUUCUCCCCACGAUCCUCGAUCUCCUCGUCGAAACCUCCUCUAUUGACGAGCAGUCGAAUAAGAUCAUUAGAGAUCUGCUCCCUAUGUACGAGGGCCAGUCGAUGAUACGCGAACUUAUCCCCGAGCACAACGGCAAGCAAGAAUGGCAUUUCUCCACGAUGAACCCUGGCGGAACAUGGUUCUGCAUGCGAGCUGCUGCGCAGCCGUACCGCUUGGUCGUGCCUCUUAAACCCGACGCUAAGUGGCGAUUCACCGAUGUCCUCGCCGAUCCAUUCGAGCUUAAUCCUCAGGAAGAUCACCAACUCCUGUUUUUGAUCGACGUCGUGCGGAAGGAGCAUGGACCUGAGGCUGUAAAGUGGCUCAGCGAGGCGGCUCAUGUCGCCAAGUGGUGGGUUAAGGAGAACCACCGCCGCUGGAAAUAUGAUCCCAAGAACCCGGAGAACAAUUGA